AUGCCUGGUUUCAGCGGUUCAUGGGACACCUGCACCAUGGGCUUCAGCUCCACCAGAUCAGACUCCUCUCUCUUCGUGUACAAUAAUGGCAAUGACACUUCGUACCUCCUGUUGUACGUUGACGAUAUUGUACUCACGGCUUCAUCCACGGCACUCCUACAACACAUCAUUGCUCGGCUACGGUCGGCAUUCGCCAUGAAGGACCUUGGCCCGCUCAGCUUCUUCCUCAGCAUCCAAGUCUCCCGCACAAAGGGCGGCUUCUUUUUGAUCCAGGCCCAAUAUGCUGAGGACAUCCUUGAUCGCACCGGUAUGCUCAACUGCAAGCCAGCGCCAACACCAGUGGACACCAAGCCUAAAGCCUCGGCUACCAAUGGCGAACUUGCUACUGAUGCAGCAUUCUACUGCAACAUAGUAGGAGCCCUACCGUACCUAACACUUACAAGACCCGACGUCACCUAUACUGUACAUCAAGUCGCUAUUGGUCAGUUUCGGGUUCUUCAUGUUCUGACGCAGCACCAGUUCACCGAUAUCAUGACGAUAGGCCUACCAACUGUGCUGUUUGAAGAAUUUUGGUCCAGCUUAUGCAUCGCCAAGGACGAAGCACAAACUGAGGGGGGUGUAGGAUAG